GCAUAACACCCUCGGCUUCCAGUAUGUGCUCGAGGCGCCCAUCUCGACGUCAAUUCGAAAAGAUGACGAUCGAAUGACAUAUGUCAACAAGGGACAAUUUUACACCGUAACCCUCGACUACAUCCCCGACCCCCUCAAGCCGUUGAAGAGCCAGAUUGUCAAGACGCACCUAAUGGUGGUGUUUCGGGACGAGAAGACGUACGAGGAGGAGAUCAAGACGUGGCGGUUAUGGCAUCAACGGCAACAUUCACCAAAAGCACGCAUACUUGAUAUUGACCUGAAGAACAGCACCGGGAUGACGUCCCCGAUCACCGAGAAGGCCAACAACGCCUACGAGUUUUUGUGGAACCCCACCGAAUCUCCGGUCAAGAUCUGCAUCGCCGUCCAGUGCCUCUCUACCGACUUUUCAAAUCAGAAGGGCGUAAAGGGCCUCCCCCUCCACGUGCAAAUCGACACGUACGAUGAGGACGACGCAAAUCAACGGCCAUUCCACCGCGGCUACUGCCAGAUUAAGGUCUUUUGCGAUAAGGCAAAA